UUAGUGAAUGCAUGCCGCGUGACUGCGCUUGUCACCGGUACGGAGGAAACCAUCGAAGCGAUCUGGGAUUUUUAAGGUUCUUAAAUGGAAAACUACAGUUUGUCUGUUCUCGAAGAAGCAGACGAGGAGUUCAACAAGCAAAACUUUAAUAAAGCAGAAUAUUUAUAUACGAAAUACAUUGCAUCGUGUAGGCAAGCGAGAAAACAUGAUGCGAAUAAACUUGCUGUCGCUUUAAACAACCGCGGUCAGAUUAAAUACUUGAGGGUUGACUUUUAUGAAGCAAUGGAAGACUACAGCUCCGCGAUAGAGGCAAACGGCCUUUUCGAGGUACCCUUCUACAACAGAGGACUCAUACAAUACAGACUGGGUUUUUUUGAAGAGGCAGAAAGAGACUUCAGGAAGGCACUGGAACUGAACUGUAAUUUUGAAGAUGCCAAACUGAGUUUAAAACAAGCAAUAAUUGACUGGGAAGAAAAGAUUAAAAGAGGCUAUUGACAACAGACAAUUGGGGAAUUUGACUGUAGUUAAAAAUGUUACAAUGGAAAUUAUGGGCAAUUUUUAAAAAUUGGUAUUUUACUAUUGCUGCUUGUGCCUUAGUUUAAAAUGUCCAUGCCAUUGGACAUCGUGUAAAAAAUCACUAUGUUCUGAGAAGUACAGCUUAAUUCUGGGAGGGUUUAAAAUUAGCACAAACCUAUUCUUGUAUUUUUAAUUUGUAUGUAGUCUAUGCUCCAGGGCAUCUCAGUGGCUAACACUGUAGGCCCCCCACUUCAUGGUUUGUGGACUCUGGUUCACACAUUCAAAUGUUUAAAAGUGAAUCUUUUCCAAUUUUCAAAACACUAUUCUGUAAGGCCUAUUAAAAAUAAAAACCAUUUCCUGUGUAA